GGAAGCCGUAUCUGCGUGUACGGUUGACACUGCGACUGGCACUGUGACCUAAACACUGGACAGGACCGGUUGCACGACGAGGGUUUAUAAGCGGGAGUCGGGAGCCGUGUGAGCAUUCCCGUGUCGUCAGCCCUCCAGAGAUCACCAUGUGGCGGUUGUCCGUUCUCUGCCUGCUAGCCAGUGCGUCUGCACAAAUCCCCUCGCUGGGAUGGUGCCCAGACUUUCAGCCUAUGGUGAACUUCAACAUGAACCGCUUCCUCGGGACAUGGUUUGAAGUGGAGCGGUACUUCACCGUCAGCGAGCUGGGCACCCGAUGCGUCGCCACCAACUACAUCAGCACCCCUGAGGGCAGGAUCCUGGUCUCCAACGAAAUCACCAACUACAUCACUGGCUUGAAGAGACUGAUGGAGGGACACAUCCAAAUGGUGGGCCGCGAGGGCGAGGGCCGCUUCAUGGUGAAGUACUCCUCUCUGCCCCUGCCCUACGACUAUGAGUAUAGCAUCCUGGAUACUGACUACGACAGCUACGCCGUCAUGUGGUCUUGCAGCGGUCUUGGGCCCGUUCAUACACAGAGCGCUUGGCUGCUAACCCGCGACAGGCUCCCAUCGCUCAUGACGAUGCAGAAGGCCUACGCCGUUCUCGACCGCUUCAAGAUCUCCAGAGCCUUCUUCGUCAAGACCAACCAGGCUGACUGCACCGUCUUGCCCGACCCUAUCGCUGACCCCAACUAUGAAGAGGGCAAGAAAAUUGACGUCAUCGAGAAGAGCGCUGGCGUCGUUGUCGAUAACGUGAAGAAAGUCGAAAGCCCUGUUGAGAUGUCUAUAAUUAAAAAGAUCGUGGUGUUCCUGUGCGGAGUCAUCUCCCUGGACAUGUGUGCUGCCCAAGUCCUGCUACCAGGCUCUUGCCCCAAUGUUUCUGUCGUGCAGGACUUCAACGCGAGUCAGUAUCUGGGCAAAUGGUACGAACAAGAGAAGUACUUCUUCAUCUUCGAACUGGGGGGCAAGUGCGUGAUCGCGGAGUACGAAGACAAGGGCAACGGCACCAUUAGCGUCAAAAAUGAAGAAAUUAACGUUCUGAAAGGCAACAAGAAAACCUCCAUCGAGCUGGUCGGCACCCUAGAGAACCCCAACGAAGGAAGACUGGNGAGACUGGCAGUAUCUUUCCCACUCGCCCCCAACGCGUUUGCUGCUCCCUACCUCAUAGUAGGCACAGACUACACCGGCUAUGCUGUAGUCAACAGCUGUAUCAGUUUCGGCUUGUUCAAUUUAAGCUACGCGUGGAUAUUAACGAGAGACCAGAACCCUUCAGAUUCAGUUAUGCAAGCCGCGUACGACGUCGUCGAUAAAAAUGGAAUAGCCAGAAAAUACUUCUUGAAAACCGACCAGACUGAUUGCGAUUCAUCUUGAAUAAUCCAAAUAAUGUUUAUAUGCAUUUAGCUCGAAGACAAAGAUAGCAAUUUUAUUUAGUACCAAACUAAAAAGUGAUUUAAAAUUACUGUUUAUUUAAUUAUUAUUAUUUAUUAAUAUUAUUUACAUUAUUAUAAGAUGACGAGAAAA